CAAAAGGAAGAGAUUGAUAGAGCUGCCACAACAAUAUUACUUCAACUUUGUAAUAUUAUUUGAAUGUUGAUAUUGCAGAUAUGUGAUACUCUGGUUAUCUAACUAUUUUCUUGAAGCCUGACUCGCUUCAAGAAUGCUUGCGACGAUGUUAGCUAGAAGAAAAAGUAGAAGAGUACGCGAUAGUUUUUACGACAUGACUAUGACCGAUAUACAAGUAAGAUUUCUUAUUUUUUGUUCGCGACAUCACAAGUAUAUUGAAGCGAAACUUCUUUUAAUACAUUAGGAUACCUCUCUGCGAAAUUCAAAUGAAAGAAAAUUGAACAAAAAAAUAGACUAUAGUUCGGACAAAAUCUCAAUUUACCAGAACAACGAUACUGAAAAAUUUAUUUCAAGUAAUAUUAAGAUGAAAGGCCUAAGGGGUGAAAAUGUUAAGACAAAUGCAUAUGGAGAAAUUGAUUUUGUUAGAGAAAAGACAAUGAUUGCAAAGUAUGUCCGGGCAGCGGAUGAUACAGAUGAGCAAGAUCUUUAUGACCUGUUAAACAAGUAUUGGAAGUUGAAUCCACCAAAUCUUAUAAUAUCAGUAACCGGUGGAGCAAAAAACUUUGCUUUGCGAACUCGCCUGAAGGAAGUCUUUCGGAAAAGUUUAAUAAAAGCGGCUAAAAAGACAGGUGCAUGGAUAACUUCAGGUGGGACGCAUGUUGGAGUAAUGAAGCAUGUUGGAAAAGCUGUAGAAAGCUAUGAAACCAUUAAACAAGACAGAAAAAGGGUCAUUACCAUUGGCAUUGCACCCUGGGGAGCAAUAUUCGGCAAUGAAAAAUUAGUCAAUAUGAACACAGAACAGAACGAUAGCAUGAUUCAGCCUCCAAAGGUAUAUGAUUCAGAUAUGACCAAAUUGAACCAAAAUGAAACCAAACAAUUCACUACUCUUGAUGAUAAUCAUUCACAUUUCAUAUUGGUGGAUAAUGGCAGCACAGGAGAAAGUUCCUAUGGAACAGAAAUUGAAUUGAGGGCCAAACUGGAAGAAAAAAUUAAAAAGGAAAAUUCAAAUGUUCGGAUUGUUUGUGUUGUGGUUCAAGGUGGUCCAGGAACCUUAAAGACAGUUAAAAGCACCAUUGAAAAAGACAUUCCGGUAGUGCUUGUGAGUGGUUCAGGAGGAUGUGCUGAUGUACUAGCAUCUGCCUUGAAAAAGGGUUCAGAUAACUUGGAAGAAGGCUAUGUCAAACAAUUAUUUAAAGAAUUCAAUUAUGACAAUACUAAUUCACAUAUUGAGCUAGUCAAAGACUGCAUUAGUGGAAAGGAAUUGAUUACCGUGUUUGAGUUGGAUCCAAACGAUACAUCAAAGGACUUAGACUUUGCUAUACUAGAUGCUGUUUUACGAAAAAAAGAAAAUGACGUUAACAAAAAUUUAGACCUGGCUGUUGCUUGGAACAGGAGUGAUUAUGCUAAAUCUCAUAUACUUAAUGAUGGUUUUGAAAAAGGGAAAUUUACUGAAAUCUUCAUGGGAUCUGUCUUACUAAAUGAUAAGCAUGAAUUUUGCAAAGUUCUCCUUGAUUAUGGCGUUAAUUUGAAACAUGUUGAAAUUAAAAAGAUUGUUGACUUGUACAAAAAGGAUCUGGAAUCAUCUAGAAAAUUUGGAGUUUCGGGACCACAGUUCAGAAAUUUUAAUAUGUCGGAUGUGGGAAAAAGAAUGGCUGGUUUAUUUGGUACCUCUUAUGCUUCUAUGUACCAGGAGGGAAAUGCAGAACCUGCGGAAAAGUAUUUCGAUCCCUACAUGGAAAUAUUCCGGUGGGCUUUGUUGUUCAAUCACAGAGAAAUUGCUAAAUAUAUCUGGGAAUACAUGCAUGAAUCAAUGGCUGCUGCUGUUAUGGCAACCAAAAUAUUGAAGGCACUAGCUUCUACAGAAUCAAACUAUGAAGUGAAAAAUCAAAUGUUAGCUGAUGCUGACGAAUAUGAAAGACAUGCUGUAAUAAUUUUAGGAAAAUUAUUUGCUGACGAUGAAAGCAAAGCAAUUGAUUUACUCAAGACAAGCUUACCUAGAUGGGGCAGAUUGAACUGCUUACAUGUUGCCUUUGAGGCGAAAGAUAAGGCAUUUAUUUCACAUCCUGCAGUUCAGUUUUACCUUGAUCAAAUCUGGUCUGAAGGAUUAAUGAAAGAGAAAGAAAGCAACCGAGAUGCAUGUUCAACUGAGUUUGGCAAUUCACAAUCUGGUGGCAGUUCAAAUAAUUUAUGCAAACAGAUAGUUGAAUUUCGAAUUACUCCUGUAAGGACAUUUCGGUUAAAUAUUGGGUUUUAUUUGAUAUAUCUCAUAUUAUUUUCCGCUGUAAUAUUGAGCAGUUUUGAUGUAACACCAUCUACACCGGAAAUAGUACUGGAUGUGUGGGCAACAAUAAUGAUGUUUGAUGAGAUACGCGAAGUCAUAGGAAUUGGAGCGGGUAACUUUACUGGCAAAGAUCAGCAUUACUUUAAGGAUCAAUGGAAUUAUGCAGACAUACUGAGUUUUCUACUGUUUUACAUAGCAUUCAUUACAAGAUGGUUUGGAUGCAGUGAUUGUUUGUAUGUAGCACUUACUUUGUAUUGUAUCUCGUUUAUGAUACAAUGUGUACGGAUCAUCCACAUUUUUGCUGUCAACAGUACGCUUGGACCAAAAAUAAUCAUGGUUAAAAAAAUGAUAAAAGAUCUGCUGACUUUCCUGUUUAUACUUGCUGUGUUUUUGUUGGCAUAUGGAGUUGCCAGUCAAGCUCUUCUUUAUCCAAACGAAACAGAUUUUGCUCAGAUAAUUGUCGGAAUAAUUUACAAACCUUAUUGGCAAAUAUAUGGUGAACUAUUCUUGGAUGAAAUUAACUACAAUCCGAAUCUUGGAUCUCUAACUUGCAAUGAUACAGACAACGACCUCCCACGAUGUCCUCAUGAGUCUGUAGUCGUUCCAAUAUUAUCAGCAGUGUACCUGUUUUUUGCAAAUAUUCUUCUUCUCAAUUUGCUCAUCGCUAUGUUUAGUUACACAUUUGAUAAAGUUCAAAGUCAAGGAAAAGAAGUAUGGAUGUUUCAACGAUACAGUCUGAUUGUUGAUUAUUGUAAUCGCCCUCCAUUGCCGCCACCACUUGUCAUUUUUUGUCAUAUAUAUUAUGCAUAUCAAUAUUUGAAAUGUUAUUGUAAGAAACAAGAACGAGAAAAUGGAGCGAACGAAAAAUAUGAGGAACUACGUAAGUGGGAACAUUGGUUUGCUGAAGAAUACAUUGAUGAAACACGUAAAGCAGCUGAUUCAGCAAUAGAUAAAAAGAUAGAAAAAUUAAGUGAAAGAAUUGAAUCAAAUACUCAUAAGCUUGACGACAUUUUGUCAACAAUUUUUAACCUUCAAGAUAUGAUGCAAAAGUCACACAGAAACGCCAAAUGAAGAAGCCGAUUGGGCAAAUUAGAUGCAACGGGACAGUAGCUUGACUAUCUUCAUCUCACAGCAUGUUUCUAUAAAACAUAACAAGCCUCACUUCUAAAAGCUCAAUGUUGAGAGCCUGAAUUUGUACAAGAUUAGCAAUAUACCAGGCCUAUGGCUAAUGAUGUUUAACUUUUAUUUUUUAUUUACAUUGGUGUAUGGAGUGUAUAGAAUUAAUUUCAGAUUUAUAUCCCCAAGUGAAAUGAUUGACUGAUAUUCUUCCUCCUGGGCAAAACAAUGGAAAAUCUUGCAAAUCACAAUUGUCAUAAUCUAUUACCUACCGAUAUAUAUUUCUGCUAGAUAUCACCAGUUUAAUAUACAUAAGCAAUCAAAUUUUAUUAUCAUUAUUGGCAAUGUAGUGAUGCUUCGAUUCAAUUCAAGUCCAUAUUAAAUGGUUUUAAAAAUAAAAUACUAGUGUUUA